ACUAAGAGUCCAUUGAAUUUAAGCUGAAGGAGAAGCAAUCUGGCUGCAGGCUUGUGGCACUCCACUGCCUGAGUUCCUGGAAGGGAGUUCACCCCCUCUGCAGUUACAAGCCAGAUCUCAAAGUACCGAGCAUCAGCUUUUAGCUUUUUUUAACAUUUAACUGUAAGAAAACUUCUGGGGAGGUCCAUGCUCAAGCACAUCUGUGGGAUUUCUCUGCUGAGCUCUCUCAACUCAACUCGUGUCUUUUCCUCCCCUUGCUGGGUUUGGCUCGUGCAUUUCUUGAGGGGCACUGAUCAGAGCAUGCACUGACCAUCAGACAAACUGCUGCUGGCAGUGUGGGGCUAUCCUAAAUGGACCAUUUCCCAAAGUAAUUCCAGUGCCUCAAUUUCACUUCCUCAAGAUGGCUUUUAAAGGAACCUGGUUUAAUGCUUUCCAUUUCUGAACAAGGAGUGCACAAGGCUCCUUCCCUCCCUGCCAGGGUUAUUCUUGGAGCCUUGGAGAAGGGCUUUAAAGCAGCACAGAGCUUGUUUAACAACAAACUACAUCGAAAGUGCAAAUCAAUAACCUGGGCAGAGACUGACUUCAAAACCUGUUAUAAAACUGAAUUAAAGAGCAGUUUUAUUGCCAAUUAACAAGAUUAGGAAGGUUUCCUUAGCAGUUGUUGAGAUGACAAAGUAAGGAGAGGAUGGAGCAUGGAGCAGUGGCAAGAAUGGGAAAACCUUCAUUUGCACAGUGGGUUUUUAACCAUCAUGGUCAAAUCUCAAGGACUUGUAGAAACCAUUCUAAUCACAAGAAAGGAAAAGUUCCUGGAUAUGUUCCACUUCAGCAAGAGCCCAAGGAAGCCCUCAGCAGCAGGGGAUUGGGAGAACUGCAGGGCUGGUUUCUGGAGCAGGGGGAGCAGGUGUGCUCCUCAAAGGCAGACCUUCACCCACAGCAGCCAGAAGGUGGAAACACAAGGAUACAGCAAAGCCUUAAGUGGGGAACGGGUUAUCAAGGGUUUUCUAAGGAAAGAAUAAGUUCUGGGAAACAGGACUGGGAAGGUGAGAGAGAAGGGAAAAGGGAGGCAGCUGAGGCCUCUUCGGAUUCGAAAAAAGAAGGAAGGAGAAGGGAGGAGGAAAUAAAAGUCUGAGACUAAAUUCUAACACAGCUGGGGCUGGAUUUAAAGGUAAUAGAGGGAAACUGUAGAAAGAGGAGACUUCUUUAUAGCAGCAAACUACUGGGAUAACUUCACUAUAGGAACUGAGAAAUCUCUGUCAACAGCAGCUCUCUGCAAAGAGGUCAGGCAUCCACUCCUGAUGGCAAAGCCAGGCACCAGGAACUGGGCCAGACAACAUCCCCAGGUUGAUCCCAGCCCUAUUUUCCAAAAAACGCUCAACUAUAUAGUUGUGCUUUAACACAGAAAAGUCGUUUUUCACUUAUCAUGCUUUGAGAUGCCUCAGAUUGAGGUGUGAACCCAGCUCCUACCACUUUGUUGUGCUCAGACUUUCCCCCUUUCCCCAGCCCAAUCUCUUGAGUAGCCAACAGCUCAUAGGGAGCCAGCCAGGCCAGGAGCUUCUCCACAGCUUGUUUCAGGCAGAGGGAAGGAGAAAAAAAUAAAGAAAAAGGAGGACAAAAAGGAGGCUGUCCUGGACAGUGCAGCCUGGCAACCUCCAGGCAAUAAAACACAGAGCACACAGACAGCUCCUUGCAAGUGGGGGGCUCACAAGCCUCUCCAUGGGGCUGGUGGGGAGUAGCUCUUCUUAUACAUCUCCUCCUAUACAUCUCCUCCUCCCCAGUGUUGCCUGUUUUCCUCCAGGAAAUCCACAGUUAUGUGCUUGCUUAGGAAAUUGCUAAACAACUGCCUAAAAAAAUAGAGGUGGGAAAGGCAGAAUUUCUGCCUUACAGACCCAGCUUAGAUGAGCUGGCUUAAAAAAUACAUGCAUACAUGUAUACACACACAUACACAUAUGUAUGUCUGGUCCAAAACCAGGCCUGUAAAUAUAUAUUUAUAGAGCUCCACACUUUUCAAACCCCAAAAUUAACUGAAGCAGAAUUGAUUUUCUUUUUUUCUUAGAAUUGUCUGGAUUUUAGCCAGUUAACACAAGCACCAGUCAUAUACUUCCCUUGCUCAUAGGGCAGGUGAUUGGCUGCUUUGCAGGAAUAGAAAUCAUCUCCUGUGGUGUUUGGCUUGUAGGAAAACCAGGAUAUUUGCACAGCCUUGCUCCCCUUGUCUCACAACAUUUAUGUGAUGAGUUCUAAGGGCAGACCUCAAGUGCUCAAAACAUUCCCAACAAAAACCAUUGCACAGUGGAGAGUCACAGAACCCAUCCCACCCACCUCAGAGCUGGGUGCCAAGGGGAAGCAGGAGGAAGAGGCAGAUGUUUUGGGAACAGUAACAGCUCCUUGGAUGAUCCACAGUGCAGGCAGGUGAGCUGGGAUGGCCCAGUACUGGCACUGCCCUCACCAGAACGGUCUCUUGAGGAGGAUUUGAGGCUGGGUACUCACAAAAAUCUCCAUCAACACUCUCCAGGGCAGCAAGGGCACAGAGAAGCCUCGGAUCCAUCCAGAACCAGCAGAAACAGAGCAGAAACCAAGGCUGUAACAUCACCUAAAAAAACCCAUCCGAGCUCAAGGCUGAGCUUAAAUUGGCUCCCAGCCCAUGGGGAGUGGAGACCACAGGUGAGGCUCAUUAGGGUCAUUAAAGCUCAUUAGGGCCCUCAGGUGCUCAUUGGACACACCUGGGGCCUCUUGACCCACACAGCCCCAGGAAAUUUCUCUGGUCAGGAUUUUUGGAAACUUUUGAGUGCCACCAGUACAAUCACGUGGGAGCUGCUCUCUUCCCUUUGCUCUUUCUCUUAGAGGGAAGGAUCGAUGGAACUUGUUGGUAGAGUCAGGGCUUUCCCUGCCACUGCAAUGGCGAAAAGGGAGGUGACAAGGCAGGAAAAGAUGCUGGAGGUAGGGGGACUUUUGGAGCUGAAGGCCAUUUGGAAGAGAAGGUUUGCAGGCUUUGAUGCAGCAGCCCCAGGCGAGUGCAGCCUGGCCACCCUUUGCCAAAGUCCACCCUGAUGUCACAGCCUGGUGGCAAGGUCCCUGCGUGCCUCUCUGGCCUGGGCACGGUGACCUGGUCACACUGAGUGCCCCUGCUCUGCCCGUGGGUUUCAGAGCUGCCACAGCAGGUUCUGCAGCCAGGAUCCCCCAUGGUGAUCCAGCAGCCAGGUCCCGUCCCUGGACAGAAGUGGGAGAUCACAUUUCCCUUGGGUGAUACACGAGGGGCUGGAGGAGCACCCAGGAUUCCAGCAGCACUGAUUUUAGGACCAUCUGUCUAUCGGUGUCCAAAGUUCCAUAAGGCACCUUUCCAAGAGCAUGCCAACCCCAGAUGGAUUUGAGAAGAAUGCUUCACAAAGUUUUAGAACUCUCGCUGGUUUUUCUGCUUUAUUCUUUUUCACAGAUUCUCUCAGUAACAGAAGGAAGAAGCAGGUUUGGAGAAAGAAGAAUCAGGUUUUCUCUCAGUUUCCCACAUCCUAAUCUUGAAACGUCUUGGCAGCCAGACCUAAAUAACCACCCUGCCAAAGUUCAGGCCUCCUUAUCAGCAGGUUUUUUUCACAGGCUAUCUCUGUUUGCCUUGCCUCUCCAGGUAUUGUAUUGAGCUGCAGGCAGCAAACAUUCUGGGGCCUUACCUUCAGGGCUUAGACCCUCCACAACCACCUCACUCUGAAACAAAUCCUUUUCCCCCACACUGGGUAAAGAACUGAAACUUCCUGUGUUCAGCAGGACUUUCAUACUCUGAAAAGUGUGCUUUGCUCUCAGAUGGCACUGCAGAGCACAAAUCCCCCAGAGCCAUGCAUGGUGUGUGUUGGAAGGAACCUUAAAGAUCAUCGAGUUCCAGCCCCCUGCCAUGGGCAGGGACACUUCCCACUAUCCCAGGGUGCUUCAAGCCCCACUCAGCCUGGCCUUGGACACUUCAGGGAUCCAGGGACAGCCGCAGCUUCUCUGGGCCAUGGGCUUCUCUGCCUGUGACAGGGGAUUGAGAGAGAAUGGUCUCUAAGGUCCCUUCCACCUCAAACCAUUCUAUGAUUCUAUAAAAGCUACAUGAAAGUAUUAAAGAGAAGGAUAUUUUUUCAAGCUCAGUAUGGGGUAUUUGUCCAUAAGGACCACUGGAAGAUCAAGUGAAGACUCCACAUAUGGGAAACCUAUAACUGGAGUUUCCCCAGGUUUCUCUCAGCUGGAUCUGCCCUGAUAUUCUGAUCCCAGUACUGGCCCCAAAGCCCAGUGGUGAUGCAGAGCUGGGAGAUGUGCCCUUGAAAAUGCCAAACCACCAAAGUCCUGGGGUUUUGAUCCCACUGCAAUAUGCAGAUCACUUCCAGAAGGACACAUGAAGUGCCUCCCUUUUCCACCCCCCCAUUCUUUUUAGCAAAAGCUUUCCCAGGACUCUGAGCUGCAUCACCACCCCUUACUUUGGUGUCUUUAGAAAACAAUUAAACUCAGCAAUCAGAAACUUCAGGCAUUUUUAAAAAUACUGUAUGGUUAGUGCGCCAAGGGAUUUAGAGAUGGAUUUCCUAAGCCCUUUCCCGUUUCUUUCUGGGGGUAGCAGUGCUCCCCAUCCCCUCCAGCCUGGCCCUUUAAGUAACUUGAGGCUCCAGGCUGCAAAUCCCAUUCUCCAGCUAAAAGGAUGGAAAAGCUGUUUCCCCCCUUCCCCCUUCUGGGUCUUUUCUUUUGAAAGGAACUGCCUUUUCUCCCGUGAUGGGAAGAGAGAGAUCACCAAAAGACAGAGCAGCUUUCUGAGCAUCCCCCUCCCGUGUCAGGACAAAGGGGCAGCUCCUCCACCCCUCAAUGCUUCUGGCAGCUCUUUUUUUUUUCUUCCAGCUUCCCUCCCCUGCCGCCGGCCUUGGGCAAACCUCAGCUGAUUUCCAAAGGCCCCGCGGCUGCUGGGGGUUGGCACAGAGGUUUAAUUAUUUGCCUUUGCCUGGGUAAGGCGGGGACAGGGAGCCGGUCGGGCCCCAUCCCCGGACACUGCUGAUCUUGCCUCUCUCCCACCCCCUCCCUGCCCUGCCUCCCGGAGCCCACCAUGGAUCCGCAGGCGGUCUGGGGAUGCUUUUGUCUGCUUUGCUUUUCCCUCCUGAGAGCAGCAAAAGGUAAGAGAGACUUUGGGCUGGUUUAGCUGCAGGGACUCGACGGGGUCUGGAUGCCCAAGAGGUGAGAUCUUCAUCCCAGCACUUACAUUCCCGGUCUGCAGCCAAGCAGGAAACAGCGACUGGAAAACUGCAGACAGCAUGAGCAUCUCCUGAGGCCAGGAAAUUUUGAGGAUUGUGGAAAUCCUUUCUGGAGGGGUGAGGAAAACCAGAGAGCUGGAGCUUUUUUAACUGCAUGCAGUGCAGAACUGUAAAAACUCCUCAGUCUGUCCCACAGAGGAAAGCCCCAGGGACCGAGCUGGACUUCCAUUAAUUAAUUUGUUGUUAAAAGCAGCAAAGCUGUAAAACAUUUCAGAAGUCCAACAAGUGCAUCAAAUUUGCAAGAGAAUUUCAAGUGACUUUAGAAAACAGUUUUGACUGGUUUUGUCAUGGCAAAGACAACCCUCCCCCCCCUUCAAUCACACUUGUAUAUGAGCAAUAGGAAGGGACUUCAAAUAAGUCGAGAGAAAUAAGAUUAAAGCAGAGAGUUUUGAUCUAAAGCUGUCCCACCAACUUCAUUUUGUCUUAGCAUAAAGACAGUGAUUUAAUUAGGAGUUAGAAGUUCUGAUGGAAAACUCAUAAUAUGAAGGAUUCAGCUUCUUUUCUCCCCUAAAGAUGUUGAUUGUGCCCCAGUUAAUGCCCAGUGCUGAAAAGGCACUGGAGAUAUCUCUCCUGUCUGUGGGCAUGCUCAGGAAACUUCCCUUCAGGAUUAAAGUGUGUUUCUUUGGCAUUUCUAGAAGUCCUGAAGUGCUCAAGCAGAGCCGCUGCUCCGGCCACCUUACUUAAGGCAGGGCUGGAAACACCAGCCCCGAGAACACCCAAAUAUCCAACCACAGGCACAAAUAACUGCCCAUGAAAACCUUCCCACCAGCUAGACUUCCCCUCCCAGGACGUGGAGUGAUCCAAGCCAUCAGCGCUCCUGCAAGUCCGGGUGCCCUCUGGGAUGGAGGUUUCUGGGUAUGGAAAGUGGAGGUGAUCCAUGACCUCUUACCUUCAACAUUUCCAUCUUUCCACAGGGAAUUUGCUGCUUUCUUUCCAGCCCAGGAGCCUGUACCAGUACCGGUACACCCUGGAUGUCCAGCUGCAGCACACAUCCACACCAUCCCCAUGGGGAGCCGGGAUGCAGGCCGAGGCAUUGAUCCAUCUGCACCGGCUCUGGAGGGACCGAGAUGGGCAGGAGCUGCUCCAGGUGCAGAUCCAUGACCUGAAGGCCCAACACCAGCCAGAAGAGGAGAAGAGCCAGGACAGCACCGGAGGUUCCCCUGUAGAGAUUGCACUGAGCCCAGAGGCACAGGCAGAGCUCCAGCAGCCAGUGCUCAUCUCCUGGAUCAGUGGGAAGGUCAAAGCUUUCUAUGGGAAUAAAGUGGAAAACAUCCUGAUCUCCAACCUGAAACGAGGCAUCGUCAGUCUGUUCCAGCUUCAGCCCCAUGCUGGCACCACAGUGGAGGAAGAUGCCUCUGGAAGCUGCCAAGUCACCUACACCGUGUCCAACCAUUCCAUCACCAAGACCAAAGAUCUCCUCAGCUGCUCAAAGCCAAAAUCUGGAUUCACCUCCACAAACAAAAUUUUUGGAGUUCAGUGGCAGCCCUCCAGCAGAAGCCAGUACGUGGUGAAAGAUGGCCUACUCCAGUCAGUCCUGGCAGAGGAAAGCCACCUGGUGGCUCCAGCCCUGAGAUCCUGCUCCAGCAUCAAAAUCACUUCAAGGCAGCAGCUCCAGCUGGUGUCUCCCGCAAUGCCUGGGCCGGCAGAGGUGUCUGGACAAAGCCCUAAGGAUGUGCUGGCUGGCAUGGGGGCAGAGCCCCAGCCCCUGGGCAUGGCCAGCCUGCCCUUCAGGAGGGUCUGCACCCACUGCCCAUCGCUGAGAGCCUUCCUGAAGGCUUCUGACAGGCAGAGAGUCAGAACAGACACCUCGAAGGUGGCGACAACCUGGCAGUUCCAGAGGUUCAUCCAGAUGCUGCGCAGCGCCAAGAAGAGGGAUAUCCUGGAGCUGCUGAGGAGAGUGCCCGAGCAGGCACGCCCCUUCCUCGUGGAGGCAGCGGUGGCCACGCAGUCGAUGGCUUCCUUGGCAGCGCUCUCAGACUUCCUGGAUUUCAGCAAGGAGCCCAAGUCCCUCCUGGAGAAGUUUCUCUACGCAGCAGCUUUCUCUCCCCGGCCUUCAGGAGAGCUUCUCCACCUCGUCCUAGACAAGCUGGAUGGGAAGCAGCUGGCACCUGAGAUCUGGGAGACAGGAAUGGUUGCUGUGGGCUCUCUGGUAGGCAAGCUGUGCCAGCAGAAGCUCUGUGGGCUGCAGGUGGUGGAGCGUGGGGUGGAAACCCUCCUCAGGGGGCUCAGAGGUGCUGAGGAGGAGCCCGAGGUGGUCAUUUACCUGCUGGCUCUGGGGAAUGCGAGGCUGCCCGAGACCAUCCCCACCCUCCUGGAGCUCGCCGAGGACGGUCCCACGGCCGUCACCACUGCAGCCACCUCUGCCCUGCAGCGAUUCCCCGCUCCCCACAUCUCCAGCGAGCAGGUGAAGCGCGUGAUGAGGAGGAUUUUCCACCAGACGAGGAAGAGUUAUGACAAAACCUGUCGUCUGGCUGCUGCAGAAAUCCUCCUGGAUAGUCACCCCCUGCCCAUGGAUGUCAUCAACAUCCUGCUGGCCACCAGCGAGAUGGAGACCGAGAUGGCCACAUUCCUGCGGCUGAAGGUCCAGAACAGCCUGCAUGACCACCACCACCUGGCAAGGAGGACAAUGAAAGACAUCAUGGGAGACCCACGGAUAAAUAACUACAACUUCUUCUCUAAAGCUGGCAUCUCCUCUUCUUUCUCAGGACCUCUGACAGUCACCCAGGACCUGAUUUCCACUUUUGGGCUGGACCUGCUGUUUUUGGAGGGUGGAUUCCUGAGGAAGAGUGUCUCCGACUUCUCCCUGCUCAGCCAUGGCCAGCAGCUCCGUGCAGCUCAGGUCACCUUUGAAGCACAAGGGAUGGAGUCAAUGAUGGGAGAAAACCUCUCGGAAGGGGAAGAGGAGCUCAUGGCUGGGAUGUCGGCCACCUUCUUGGACGUCCAGUUGCGGCCAAUCAUCUUCUUCCAGGGCUACACAGACCUCAUGGCCAAGGUCCUGCUGAGCAGUGGAGAGCCCACCAGUGUGGUCAGAGGGAACUUCCUGCUGAUGGACCAUCACCAGGUCAUUCCUCUGCAGUCUGGCCUCCAAGUGACCGUCAGACUCCAGGGUGGGCUGGGGCUGGACAUUUCAGCCGACAUGGACGUGAGCAUUUGGGAGCAGGAACUGAAAACCAGCAUCAGUGCGAGGGGAAGCCUUGCCACGGAUUUCCAGGCAGAACUGGAUUCCCCUUUCCUCCAAGCCACCCUGAGGAGCCAGACAGAAAUGGAGACCUCGAUGCACUUCGACACCAAGCUGAGGUUUUCCAGCAGCCCUGUGCUCAUGUGCCUGCAGCUGAGAGAGGAACAGGUCCCAUACAGAGAAUUCCUCACAGUGUCCCAGUCUGCCGGGAGCCAGAGCAGCACCGCUCGGAAAGGCCGGCGUGGCACCGUGCACGGGAGGGAAUUUACCUUGCACCAAGCCAAUUCCAAGGUCUGCAACCUCCUGCUGACUGCAGAAAAAGAAUAAGGAGUCAGAGCACUUUGGGAUUCUCCUCCACAGCCACCUUUGAACGAGAAGAAUGCUGCAAUAAGGGCAUCAGAAGGGACCACAGGAGGAACUGCUGAAGAACAGACACACCCCUUGCCCCCAAACCUGCCUUCACCCCCCAAAGGCUGAGAUUUCCCCCUCCUGGACUCCUCUCCCUCAUGGGGAAGGGCCUUGCUGGAAGCCAAGCUUUGAGAAACAGCCUUGUUUUGCAAGUGAAUGACUUUCUGCGAGGGAAGAAACCCUCCUGGAGGACUGAGUGCCCAAAAUGCUGUGUUUUCUCCUGAUUUAUCAAAGCUGUCAGGAGGGGACACAUCUGCAGCCAGCUGCAAGUCCCCAGUGGGGGGAAUAAAUUACUUUCCUUGGUUGGGAGGUUGUUAUCAUCCACCACCACCCAACACCUCCAGCACUGGAGGGAGGCUCGUGAGGAAAAAGCAACAUUUCUUCAUUCCUUCCUGAUAAUAAUGUGCCUUGGACAUAUUUUUAGCCUUUUUUUUGUGUGCUUGUGGCACAAAACAAGCAUUUUAGGAAAGAAAAGAGGGAUAUGGAGUAUAUUCUGUUUUAAUUAUGAGCCUGCAAUAUUAGCACUGAGUCUUCUGGUUCAGGGGAGGAGACUUGCCUGGCUUUCCAUCUGGAGACACCAAUUGCUUUGGUUAUGUACAGAAAUAAAUGCCCUGCAUUUUUA